ACAGAGCAUGGAGAAUGAUGAACUUCCGUCAGAGGAUGGGAUGGAUUGGAGUGGGAUUGUAUUUGUUAGCAAGCGCAGCAGCAUUUUACUAUGUUUUUGAAAUCAAUGAGACUUACAACAGGCUGGCCUUGGAACACAUUCAGCAGCACCCCGAGGAGCCCCUCGAAGGAACCGCUUGGACACACUCCUUGAAAGCUCGGUUACUCUCCCUGCCUUUUUGGUUUUGGACAAUUAUUUUUCUGAUCCCUUACUUACAGAUGUUCUUGUUCCUUUAUUCUUGUACAAGAGCUGACCCCAAAACGGUGGGCUAUUGUAUUAUCCCCAUCUGCUUGGCAGUGAUUUGCAAUCGCCACCAGGCAUUUGUCAAGGCUUCUAAUCAGAUCAGCAGACUACAGCUGAUCGACACGUAAAAUUGGGCACCAUUUUUAACUUACAAUUACCGAACUGCCAGUGCUGUGUGGAACCGGAUCACAAGACUGCAGUUUCUUCACAGACCUCAGGAAGUUGGGGUGGGGCAGAGGCUUUCUAAAAAGUGUGAGCAGGGGGCUCUUUAUCUGAAUAAUAAUGACUUUUUAAGUGAAGCCUGAGAUACAGUACUACAAAAUCAUGUGGAUGACUUCAGCAUUUGGAAGUAAACUUGUGUCUGUAAUUUGCAUUCUUUAGAAACUUGAAUAAGUACCUGAACUAUUUUUUAUUUCUACUGUGCAACAUAGUGAUGAUUCAGAAAUUUUUCCUUUGGGGGAGAAAACAAAUAACGAACAUUUCCAUUGUGCCGAAUGUAAAAAGGUCCAAACAUGGUCAUAAAAUUUAAAUUUUAUACAAUCACCUGGCUUGCUUUAAAAUUCUUCAAACUAAAACACACCAGUUCAACCUUGUAAACUAAGCCAACUUUAUGCUUGCUUGCUGUCUGUGAGAAACUGGUAUAAAAUUAUUGAGGUGAUGGCUGUCUUGGUAGCUACUGGCAUUAUCAGCAUUAUUAAUGCCACUGGUUUUUAAAAAAUUACUUGGGAAGAAACUCAAUGUUUGAAAGUUGAGGACUCUUACACACAGAAGAUGGAAACGAGGUGUCCAGUGAAAAUACUUAGUCCAGUUCCUGUCAGAUGUGUGACAGCCCCUCUGACAUAUUACCAGCUCAUCAGCCUUGUGAUUUUCUUUUCUGGCCUAAGGCCCGGUCUUCAGGCAACAGGUUAAUUGCAUGAAGAUGUGAUCCUUGUACUUUCUCCUUUGCGUUUGUACUUCCUACCUCAUGUCUGGUACCAAUACAAAUAACUAAAACAUGGAAAUCGCAAA